AUGUCAAAUGGAGUUGAAGACUUCAACUUUGGUGGUUUCGGUGAGUCUUCUGAGUUUGCACCUCCGGCCUGGGUGGCCCCUCGUGAGCUGCCACACAUUGUUGUCCGUAUCACUUUGCUUCGGAGUGGCCGGACUUUGCUACUCACAGGAUUUGAUGUGAACAUAUGUUCGAGGAAUCCGAACCACUUUCUUCGACGCCUGAUGGACAUAAGGCAGCCAAUCUCCAAGCAGCGGGCCCAGAUGCGGUCGUUUCAAGCGCGAGACAGUGACAGCGACGAUGAGCUCAUUGGCGCGGAUCCAGACGAGGUCGCCCUGGCUCGCGGGGACUUGGAGGAAUCCGUCGACUGGUUCGACUGCGAGGCUGUUUCCGUUAAGAAGCUGCUUCCUGGAGAUGCGCUCCUGAAUUGCGUGCCCGACAGUAGCAGCAUGUUAGAGCACCGGAGCACUUUCGCUGCAAGCUAUCUGGCUGGGGAGAAAACGCAGCCGAAGCUCAGGAUCUGGGAGUGUUUGGGGCUUGACGAUUGGCGAAGAGACUCGAGAAAGGUGGAUCCACCGCCACCGCCUCCCGUUGAGCGGAGGGCACAAAAAGCGCGAGGGUCGAAAGGGGACGAGAAGAGGGAGGAGAAGGUUCGGAUCGUGUAUCCUCGGGAAUGCCCUCACUGUUCCAAAUCGUUUCCCUCGAGUACAAGGUAUCACAAGCAUGUGAGCUUUCACACUGCUGCCAAGAGCUUCAAGUGUGAUCAUCCCGGCUGCAACAAAGCCUACAAGAGGAAAGUAGACCUGGAAGACCACAAGGCUGUUCACCUCGAAGUGAAGCCCUUUCGAUGUACGGUGGAGUCCUGUGACAGGAGCUUUACCACGAAGCAGUCGCUGAUGUCGCACAUUGGGCGUGUGCACAACGGCCUGAGCUGCACGGCCUGCGGGCUUCGCUUCCGCAAGAAGGCGAAGCUGCAGCAGCAUUGGGCCAUUGUGCACGGGGCCCGUGGGGCCCAUGAGGCCGACGGCUCCAAAGUGGAGCCGGGAAAGUGCCCGGAUUGUGGUAAGACCUUCCAGCACCGCGAGUCCUUGGAGAAGUGCGCCGGCGGAUUCUCAAGUCAGCCGUGUGAGGGCUGUGCUCUGUUUGUCUCUGCUCCGUGA